CAUGGUGGUUGUCGGUUAGCCUGCUAGCCAUUUUAGGCUAUUUAUCAGCAUGGCAAAAUGUUCAGUAAACGGUGAUAUUUUGUCUGUUGACGAAGGAGGAUGUAGAGGGGAUGUGGCUAAAUAAUGGGCAACGUUUUUGGGAGAAAGAGUCGUCCUUCUCGUGUAACGGAACAAGACAAAGCCGUUUUGCAACUGAAGCAGCAGAGAGAUAAGCUGAAGCAGUACCAGAGGAGGAUCACCUUACAGCUGGAGAAAGAGCGACUUCUGGCAAAGCAGUUGCUAAAAGAUGGCAGGAAAGAAAAAGCCCUGCUGCUUCUUAAGAAAAAACGAUAUCAGGAUCAGCUACUAGACAAGACUGAAAAUCAGAUUUCAAACCUAGAGCGCAUGGUUCAAGAUAUUGAGUUCAUGCAAAUUGAGAUGAAAGUCGUCGAGGGGCUCAAAGUUGGCAAUGAUUGUCUGAAGAGUAUGCACGAGAUCAUGUCAAUUGAAGAUGUGGAGAGAAUCCUGGAUGAGACCCAGGAGUCAAUUGAAUAUCAAAGGCAAAUAGAUGAAAUGCUGGCUGGAGCCCUGACGGAGGAGGAUGAGGACGCUGUUUUAGCAGAGCUGGAAGCUAUCACUCAGGGAGAAGAUGUAGCACUUCCAGAGGUCCCCACUGAGCCAAUACCAGAGGUCUCAGAUGCAGCUAAAGCUGAACCGGAGAGGAGAGAAGCAAAGAACAAGCCCAACAGAGAGAUGCUGGCAGCCUAACAGACUGAAUUUGUGUCUGAGAGUCGUUACUGAUUCUGCUCAUUUCAGUAUUUCAUCUUUAAUUGUUAGUCGGUGAAGGUGGGACCUGCAGACAUCGGUGCACCUUCGCUCAUUUUACUGGAUCAGCACUGUGUCUGUCCUCGGCUCACUGCCCCCCCCGAGGUAUCUUCAUAAAGGAAGUGAAAUGUUGGAUUUCUGUGUCUGACUUGUCGUGACAGAAUGAAAGGACUAAUUUUUAGAUGUUUUACACAUGAAUUUCAGUUGU